GUCUCCUCGCACACACACACACACACACACCCGGUCUCCCUCUGUAGUGUUUCAAUGCUCUUCAGUAGCUGGGUGAGUGAGCUGGCCUGCCCGCGCCGCUCCGCUGUUAGAGUCGCCCUUACAGCCGCCGCGCUGUAGCUGUGAGUAGUUCCGGCUCGUGUGCGGUUCUCCAGCGGCGAUGGAUUGACUUCAUGCCUCCUCCUCCAGCCCCUCCAGCCAAGUUGGAGAAAACAACUGGAGCCUUCUUCUUCCUCGCCGUCGCCGCACGCCGGAGAGCUCAAUGUGUCUCCCGGGGGAGCCUCACACCUCUCCGGGAUUGUGCCGCUGCCAACAUUUCGCUGUGAAAUUCGUUCACCGGGUCUGAGAGCUGAACUUAGAGCCGAGGAGGCGCGCGGUGGAUAACUCGGACCGUUUUUCUCCGGCUUGUUUUGGACUUUUCCUUCUGAAAGUGAUGGCGGAGCGGGGAGCGCGGUGGCUCCUGUUUUUCUCCACUCUCACCUCCAGCCUUGUGGCUGCAGAUAAAGCGGAUAAAGUGAGGACUUUCACUCCUUUCCGGUUCUCAGUGGAGCCAGUGGACACGCUGGCUGUGCGCGGGCUGCCUGCUGUGCUGAACUGCUCUGUGUCCAGCAAGGCUCCAGUGCGAGUGGAAUGGAAGAAGGACGGCACAUUCCCCAACCUGGCAGCAGACGACCGCCGGCGCCUGCUCCCGGACGGCUCUCUUCUCGUCAGCACUGUGGUGCACUCCAAACACAACAAACCUGACGAGGGCGUCUACCAGUGUGUGGCCACCAUUGACAACCUGGGCACCAUCAGCAGCCGCACUGCUCGCCUGACUGUAGCAGGUCUACCACGUUUCUCUAGCCAGCCGGAGGGUGUGUCAGUGCGCCCAGGGGGGAGCGAGGUGCUGAGCUGUGAGGUGAGUGCUGAGCUCAUUCCGUUCACCCACUGGGAGAAAUCUGGCCAGGCCGUGGAAACGGACAGCCGGGUGGUCCAGCUGCCCAGCGGAGCUCUGGUGAUCAGCAACGCCUCACAGGCUGACGCUGGCUCAUACCGCUGUGUAAUAGAGGGACUGGGACCAGUCAAGAGCAGUGAAGAUGCACAGCUACAGAUUUUACCAGACUCUGCUGCUGAAGACAGGAUGGAGGUCCUGCUGGGUCCAACUGCCGUGACCAAAGCUGUGGGCGAAACUGUAUUACUACCCUGCGUGGUGAAGGGCUACCCUCUCCCUGUCAUUCGCUGGAUGCUGGACAGCAAGGUCAUAAAUGAAAGUGAUGGGAGGUUUGCUGUGAUUGGUGGAGGCGUCCUGCAGAUCACCAACCUAACAGAGAACGACGCUGGAACGUACAGCUGCCAGGCGGACAACGGCAAUGAGACCAUCGAGACGCAAGCCCAGCUCACUGUACAAGUUCCUCCUCAGUUCCUCAAGAAACCCUCGAAUAUGUACGCCCAUGAGGCCAUGGAUAUCAUCUUUGAGUGUGAAGUCACGGGCUCACCUGCCCCCACAGUGAAGUGGCUGAAGAACGGAGAUGCUGUCAUCCCCAGUGACUACUUCAAAAUAGUGGAUCAGCACAACCUGCAGGUGCUGGGCUUGGUGAGGUCUGAUGAGGGCUUUUAUCAGUGCCUGGCUGAGAACGAGGCUGGGAACAUUCAGGCCAGCGCCCAGCUCAUCAUCCUGGACCUGGACAUUGCCCUCCCCACUUCCACUGUCCCCUCACUGACCAGUGCCACUACUGACCAUGUAGCCUCCGGUUUGGGGGAGCGCUUGGGCCCUACCCCCUCGCCCCCACGGGACGUCGUGGCUUCGCUGGUCUCCACCCGCUUCAUCAAGCUGACCUGGCGGCUGCCGGCCGAGCCACAUGGAGAAAACAUCAGCUACUCUGUCUUCUACAGCCUCGAUGGCUCCAGCAGGGAGCGUGUUCAGAACACCUCGGCUCCGGGAGAGAUGCAGGUCACCAUCCAGAACCUCAUCCCUGAUACCAAGUACACUUUCAGGGUGGUGGCGUCCAACAGAAACGGCCUGGGUGAAAGCUCAACCCCCCUUACAGUGGCCACCCAGCCUGAAGUUCAGGUACCAGGACCUGCCCCCAACCUGCAGGCAGUGUCUGUCACACCCACAUCAGUCACUCUGACCUGGGAGAGACCAGUCACUGGCAAUGGGGAGAUUCAGACCUACAAACUCUACUACAGUGAGAAGGGACAAGACUCAGAGCAGGACAUGGAUGUUGUAGGCUUGGCGUACACAAUGACCGGGCUGAAGAAAUUCACAGAAUACAGUUUCAGAGUGGUGGCUUACAACAAGCAUGGCCCUGGAGUCUCUACUGAAGACCUGACCAUUCAGACUCUCUCUGAUGUACCAAGUGCAGCACCUCAGAACCUGUCUCUCGAAGUCCAGAACUCAAGGAGCAUUAUGGUCCGGUGGCAGCCGCCUCCCCUGGGAACUCAGAACGGGGAGCUGACAGGCUAUAAGAUUCGCUACAGGAAGGGAGGAAGGAAAGGAGAAGCAGCUGAAAUCAUGACCACCCAACUCUCUCAGCUUAUUGAUGGUUUGGAGAGAGGGACUGAGUACUCAUUCCGGGUGUCGGCCACUACGGUGAACGGAAGCGGCCCGGCCACAGAGUGGCUCACAGGCGAGACCUUCGAGAGCGACCUGGAUGAGUCUCAGGUACCUGGAGCGCCCAGUUCUCUGCAUGUGCGGCCCCUGGUAAACAGCAUUGUAGUGAGCUGGACUCCUCCGGAGAACCAGGACAUCGUGGUGAGGGGCUACAGCAUCGGCUACGGCAUAGGCAACCCUCACGCGCAAACCGUCAAAGUGGACUACAAACAGCGCUACUACAGCAUCGACAACUUGGAACCCAGCUCGCACUACGUGAUCACUCUGAAGGCUUUCAACAACAUGGGUGAGGGAAUACCUGUGUAUGAAAGUGCCAUCACCAGGCCCCAGUCAGAUCCCAUAGAUCCAGAUAUUGAUUUGUUUGAACUCUUCCAUCAUACCCCCCACACCCCAGCGCCCGAUCCCUCCCCCAUGCUCCCUCCCGUGGGCGUGCAGGCCUCCGUCAUCAGCCACGAUACCAUUAAAGUAUCCUGGGCUGACAACUCCUUGGCCAAGAACCAGAAGAUCACGGACUCUAGGUUCUACACUGUCCGCUGGAAGACCAACAUACCAGCCAACACCAAGUACAAGGUUGCAAACACCACCACUCUGACACACACAGUGACGAACCUUAAGCCCAACACACUGUACGAGUUCUCCGUUAUGGUCACCAAAGGCCGACGCAGCAGCACCUGGAGUAUGACUGCUCACGGCACCACCUUCGAGACUCUUCCCACCUCCGCUCCCAAAGAUGUCACUGUGGUCAGUAAAGAGGGCCGUCCCCGCACCAUCAACAUCAAUUGGCAGCCACCAACUGAGGCCAAUGGCAAAAUCACAGGCUACAUCAUCUACUACAGUACGGAUGUGAAUGCAGAGGUACAUGACUGGGUUGUAGAGCCAGUGAUGGGGAACAGACUGACACACCAGAUCCAGGAGCUCACUCUAGACACAACUUACUACUUUAAGAUACAGGCCCGCAACUCUAAAGGCAUGGGACCACUCUCUGACACCGUGCAGUUCCGCACACCCAAAGCUGAACCCUCUGACAAAAUGUCAAGUGAUCAAGUAGGCUUCCAUGGUACGCCUGGGGGACGCUCUCCUCUGCCUGAUCACGGAUUCGGAUCCACCCUCGAUAAGCCAGGAAUCACAGGCAGUCAGGAGAAUCACAUUCUGGUGAUAGUCAUUAUCGUUUCUGUGGGAGUGUUCACCAUCAUCGCUGUGGUGGUGGGGGCAUUUCUCUGUACACGACGCUCCAACUCCCAUCAGAAAAAGAAACGAGCUGCCUGUAAGUCCAAUAACGGAUCCCAUAAGUACAAAAGCACCUCUAAAGACCUGAAGCCCCCUGACCUGUGGAUCCACCACGAGCGUCUGGAGAUGAAGCCCAUAGACAAAUCCCCUGAGCCCAACCCGGUCAUGACGGAGACUCCCAUUCCCCGCAGUCAGGACCCAUCCGGUGAGUCUGGCCACCAGAGACGCAACUCAUUCCGGGGUCAUGAGAUUGAGGAGAGUGUGUCAACGCUGGCAGGCAGAAAAGGAGUGAGGCCCAAAAUAAUGAUGCCCUUCGACUCGCAACCCCCACAACCUAUUAUUAGUGCCCAUCCCAUCCAUUCUGUUGACUAUCUUCAUCAUCACCAUCACCAUCAUUAUCACCCUCCACCUCGUGGUUACCUCCAUCAUCAGAUCAGUCUGAGGGCUCCUGCUACUCCCUCCACUCCUGGCCCUUAUUUAGACAGGGCUCCUUCUUCAGAAUCUGUAAGGACGCAGGCUCCUGCCCCUGAGCCUCCGGUCGUCCCGACUCAGCCAUCCAGUGCAGCAGAGCUGCAGCAUACAGAGGUGGUGAUUAAAGAGGAGGAUCCGCCCUCGUACAAGCCCCCCACGGCCCACGUUCACCCCACACACCCCAUGAAGAGCUUUGCUGUACCCACUGUAUCUGUCUCAGCUCAUAACCCACCCAGCUCUGCCCUGCCCUGCACCCCCCUGCUAGCCCAGCCAGUUCCUGGCGUGAAGACGGCGUCUAUAGGCACUCUGAGUCGAGUUCGGGCGCCGGUGGCAGUGACGGUACCCAGCGCUCCUGAUCAAGCAGAAAACAGCAAGAUGCUUCCGCAGAAAGAGACAGCGUAUGAGACAGAUGAGCUGUCGGAGGAGAUGGCUCACCUGGAGGGUUUGAUGAAGGACCUGAACGCCAUCACAACAGCCUGACAGCACUAAACCCGCUCUAGGGAGCUAACCCUGGACUUGAGCCUGGCCUGUUCUGAGGAAGGGCCCAGCUGUUUUUUGAUCACUGAUCACUUAUCCUUUCUCAGUGACUGACCAGGGGAUGAGCUUCAGAUUUUUGUUUCUCCAUUUUGCAUGGACGGAUGGGAAAAAUUAAAAGAUUUCCAAGAAAAGCACUCCAGCGAACACCAUUUUGUUAUUUCUAAGGAAGUAUUCUGGACAUUUUUAAUGUUUUGGACUUCAAAUGAAUAUUGAUAAUUGUUUUAUUUUUUAUUUUGUAUGUGUACAUACACACAUUAUGCAUAAUGAUCAUUUUAUGUAUUCAUUUUUAAAUUCAUACAUACCAUUGGGAAUGUGUGGGUGUAUUUAUAAUGACGCCAUUUAAAGUAGCUGUUGCUCCACUUACAUUUCUUUAUAUAUGUAAAAGGAACAACCUUCAGCAUUGAAGAAUGAAUAUGUUCAGUAUCCUUGGUCUACAGAGACGAGAUGAGUUUUUUUUCCUUUCUUUUUUUCUUCCCCCCUUACACAUUGCUCUGUGUUCUUUCCCAGGGAAACCUGUAGCAUAGAACUCUGAAUAUGCAUCAUAACGGACACUACAGGCGAGUACAUAUAGGAUUCAGACAUUGAAGGAAACAACUGUGGAUCCUGAAAAUGCUAUUUUUAUUAAAAAAGGAAAACAAUCCAGCUGCAGUGUAACAUCAGCAAGUCAACAAUGCUGUAGUUCAUGUGGUGCUGAUGAUAUGGAGACCUAAGACUUUUUGAUAGGACCUCUGGUCCGGUCUUGGUGAGAGCAUCACCUUUAAUACCUCAUGAGCUCACAGUUAGGCUGUCAGAUCAGCGCAACAGUCGUGUUUUUCAUCUGUGUGAGGUGGAGGCACCACAAACAGGAGUGAAGGUGUCCAUGGUUUUCCCCUGUCCAUUUGAAGGGGCUCCCAGGAAAGUGAUUCUUUGAACUUUUAAAAAGGAAAA